GCUAAUGGGUCUGACUGGCUGCGUCUCUAGCGUCGUCGGUAAAUGGCGUUGGUGGCGGGAAAAUUGAGUGUCUCGUGGGCCGAGCCUUCGGGGCGAUGUGCAGCGACUUCCGUAGGGCAGAGUCUGGGACUGAGCUCCUUGCCCGGCUUGAAGGUAGAAGUUCCUUGAAAGAAAUUGAACCAAAUCUGUUUGCUGAUGAAGAUUCACCUGUGCAUGGUGAUAUUCUUGAAUUUCACGGUGCAGAGGGAACAGGAAAAACAGAAAUGCUUUAUCAUUUAAUGGCACGGUGUAUACUUCCAAAAUCAGAAGGUGGCCUGGGCCUGGAAGUCUUAUUCAUUGAUACAGAUUACCACUUCGACAUGCUUCGGCUUGUCACCAUUCUUGAGCAUAGACUGUCCCAGAGCUCGGAAGAGAUGAUAAAGCACUGCCUGAGAAGAUUCUUUUUAGUCUACUGCAACAGCAGCACGCAGCUGCUGCUCACGCUGCACUCGCUGGAGGCGGUGCUGUGCAGCCGCCCCUCUUUGUGCGUGCUGCUUCUGGAUAGCCUGUCGGCCUUCUACUGGACAGACCGCGCCAAUGGCGGGGAGAGCGUCAGCGCGCAGGAGUCCACUCUGAGGAAGUGCGCCCAGCGCCUGGAGAGGCUGGUCCGGGACUACCGCUUGGUGCUCUUCGCCACGACACAGAGCAUCAUGCAGAAGGCCUGGCACACGCCGGAAGGGGCCCCCUCCACCUGUCAGCGUCCUGGCAGGCCAGACCUGGACUACAGACCCUAUCUGUGCAAGGCCUGGCAGCAGCUGGUAAAGCAGAGAGUGUUCUUCUCCAAACAAGAGGAUGCUAAAAGCUGCAGACAGUUCUCACUCCUCUCCUACCAUUUAAAGAAAAACACUUCAAAACAGCAUUUGUUUGUUAUUGGAGAAAGUGGGGUUCAGUUUUGUGGACAUGUGUCAUAGAAUAGCCAUUUGCAAGCCACGGUGCAAGUCUUAAAACAGGUUUCUUAUAGGCUAACGUGGUUCGAUUCUAAAGGUUCAAAUGGGGAGGGGUGUGUAACACGACAGUAUUUCUACACAGAGUGGGUUUCUUUUUCUUCUUUGAGACAUGUACCCCAGACUUGCCUUGAACUCAGAGUGAUCUUGCCUCCCAAGUUCUGUGAUUUACAAACAUGUGCCUCUGUGCCCAGCUACAAUGGAUAGUUUAAACUAUCACAGUACAACUUCAAGGGCCAGCAAAAUAGCUAAACACCUGCCUAGGCAAGCACAGUGACCAGGCUUCCCCCGCCACACACACA